AUUUCGUAAAAGUACAACUGAAACGGAACGGAGCACAUCUUCCCAAUCAGAUCUUCAGAAGGGAAGGAAUUAUUUCAGACUUCCGAUAAUUGUUUCUCCCUCUAAAAUUUUCCUAUUUUUCUUCUCUCUCUCUCUCUCUUUAUUUAUCAUUUCCAUCGCUGCUUUAUAUAUACUCUGUCAAUUUGAACAAUCAAUCGAUCAAGCGGGUAACAAUGGCGACUCGGUACUGGGCUGUGUCUCUCCCCGUGGCGCAAGGCUCCUCCGCAUCCGCCCUCUGGAGUCGGCUUCAGGAAUCCAUCUCCAAAAAUGCAUUUGACACACCCCUUUACAGAUUUAACAUUCCGAAUCUUCGGGUGGGCACGCUAGAUUCGCUAUUGGCACUCAGCGAUGACCUUUUGAAGCUUAGCAGCCUUGUACUUUCUCUCAAUUCAACCUUGUUUUAUUUAAUCCUCUUCCUCGAAGCUUAUAUUGUUCUUCCAUCCAUGCAUGCUGUCAAAGGUAGACGCAUGGCUUGUAAAUCUCAGUCACCUUUGUUGAAAAUUGAAACUCUUUCUCUAUAUUUUACAUAUCAAUCUUGUAAAUUUAUGAUGUCUCAGGUACGUGUUGCUGAAUAUAGCAAUGUGCGCAGCCAACUAAAUGCCAUAAACCGUAAGCAAGCUGGAAGCCUGGCUAUUCGUGACCUGUCCAAUUUGGUGAAGCCACAGGAUAUUGUUACUUCAGAACAUUUGACAACCCUACUUGCAAUUGUUCCAAAGUAUUCACAGAAAGAUUGGCUAUCAAGCUACGAGGGACUCACAUCCUAUGUAGUCCCCAGAUCCUCCAAGAAGCUACACGAGGACAAUGAAUAUGCUCUAUUUACUGUAACCUUAUUCAAUCGUGAUGCUGACAAUUUCAGAAUCAAGGCACGCGAAAGAAAUUUCCAAAUUCGUGAUUUUGAGUAUAAUACAGAAACACAAGAGACCCGGAAGCAGGAGCUUGAUAAACUUACACAAGACCAGGAAACAUUUAGAAGCUCUCUGUUGCAAUGGUGCUAUACCAGUUAUGGAGAGGUUUUCAGCUCCUGGAUGCACUUCUGUGCUGUACGUGUCUUCACCGAAAGCAUUCUACGAUAUGGUCUGCCACCGUCAUUUUUGUCUGUUGUGUUGUCACCAUCCGUGAAAAGUGAGAAGAAAGUUCGUUCGAUUCUUGAGGGAUUCUGUGAUAAUUCAAACAGCACUUACUGGAAAAGUGAGGAAGACGGAGGAGGGAUGGGUGGUAUUGCAGGCGAUGCAGAUUCACAUCCUUAUGUCUCCUUCACAAUAAAUCUCAUUUAAGCUGAGGUAUUGAAUUGUGCUGUUCAUUUCUCGAUCUGUGUGAAUUUAGUUGGCUCCAAAAUAAGGACAGAUGCGACUUUUGUAUUGUAGAGUAAAUUAUUCUAUUCAUUAUGUUUGUCCAGAAGUACAUGCUGCUUGUAAAACAUCAUCUGAGUCUCUAGAAGUUUUUCAAAUUGUAGCAGUUAUCAUCAUUGUCCAUUUAUGUUUUGUUUUCCAUAUGUGUUGGAGCCAUAAAUAUAAUGUAUUGUCAGUCUUGAGUUCUCUAA